AUGGCGCGGCAGCAACCUAUCGAUGACCGAUGGAGCCCUGGGUUCCCAGAUGAUGCGAAAGUCCCUAGACUGGGUGGAUCGGACCAUGGGGAUUCUCCUUCGACCGACAUGACUGGACAUACUUCCUUGUCACAGGCUCAUGAAAACAAUAUGGACCCUGCCCUCGACCUUGGCCUUGGCGCCACCAACAGUCUCGCCGGGGUCGGUAUGCUCAGCAGUGAUGGCGGUGACAUCUCGUUAGGUCCGUACCAGUCUCUAGGUCCACCUCUGUCUAUGACUAUGCCAAUGUCCUCUCAGAUGAUCCAGCCACAAGAGUCAUUUUUUGGGGCGGUGGUCAAGAUGCCUUCGCCGUUGGCGAAUCCGAGGAUUAAGAAGGUGAAUCGGUCUUCGAGGUUGAAUGACAAGUAUGCUCGCAUGAAGAGUGAUAUGGAGCAUGUUGUUCAGCUACCGUAUUCAUACACUCGAGUCGUGCGACACCAGGACGGCCAUUCGACUAAAUCUGCCCCAUGGAAUGCUGCCGCUGCGUUUAUUCAGCGACCACAUGGUCUUCCGCAUGCUGGUGUUCAAUUUGCUCAAGCCCCCACCUACCCCUCCUCCUCUCAACGCGCACCGAUCCAACAGACCUAUGGGCAAUUAUCACAGGUUGGCGGUAGCACUUACGGCACAAGCACAAAACCGCAUCAGUUGGACAGCAUCAAUUCGAGAACUUUGCCUGCGCAACCUCCUCCCAUUAAGCGGGUCAGGAUCGAAGAGAACCCGCCAUCUAACAACAGGGGGGCCACUACAAGAGGAAGAGGAGGUGUUGGUGGCGGUGUGUUUUCAACUCCGCACUUCAGGAUGUCGACACCAGCUCGGACGACAGGUGUCUCCAAUCCGAGUUCACAUGUGCUCUUACCAACAACGACCAGUCACGAAGCGAGAAGGACAGAUGAGGCCGUGACGGUGAUGGGUCAAGUGGGGGGGGAUGGGUUUGAUGAUUGGGGUUUGGAGGACUUCUUGCCUGAUCCUGAGCCCAUGGUUGUCCCUACGCCCAACUCGGCUCCUGUCGCACAAGGUUAUGACAAUGGCCGGUUUGCAUCAACAGCAACAGUUAAACCAACACAGACCAACAACAUCAACAACAGUAUCGGUACCAGCAGCCAGUUUCGCUAUUCUCCAAGGUUGCAGAAGUCAGAAAAGGAGUCCUCUGCGCUGGACGAGCGACCGAUGACAUGGCUUGAUCGGAUUCACAAGCUUGGAUCAGAGAUACGAGCGUCUGCAGCGGCGACUGUCCCUCGGUUUGGUUACAUUCCUGUUGCUGCCGAGAGAGGACGAACAACAAAGGAGGAGCGUGCAAGUCAAGUGCAGGAUCAGGACCAGGAUCAGCAGCAACCGCUCCAGCAGCAACAACAGGGAGCGAGGCAGUUUUCAAAUACCGAGAUUUCAUUCACGCUUCGAGCGAGGUCGUUGUCGAAUGUGACUGGCAUGGUGAAAAGGAUGAGCGAGGCCACUGCAAACGGCGCCGAUUUCACCAAUGCGAAAUCUUUGGCAAAUGACCCUGCCCCUGUGCCCCGGGGGACGCGUCUCCAAGGACGAACCUCUCAAUUGUUGCAGCAACAGCAGCAUGCCCCAGGAUCCGAGAGGGACGAAUGCUCGGGAGAGGCUGUCGAGCGUUUGGCCCCGGAUUUGGGAUUCCUUGAUGAUAUUGAGAAAGAAAUCCAGGGACUAACUGGCAUUUGA